AUGGCCAUGUCCACCAUAUUCGCUGUCAUGAGCGGCGACGGCGGGAAGAGCGUGCAUCCGUUCUUCAACAAAGCCUCCACCAAAACAGCAACGGAGCAGCCAAGAAAUGAGAACCAGUCUCAGGAGGACCUUGAAUACGAGCCCGUCGAACAGCGAGGAGAAUCGGACGAGAAACCUAAGCGGACCAGGAGCAAGCGGAAACAGAAGGAUGAGAAAUCGAAGAACCAGCCGACUUUGGCAGAUAUUGUUAAUCCGAAGCCUGCUUUCUCGCAGGUAGAGACUCCUGCUGGACAGGUAGUGUCAGAGCUCAGCACAGAACAAGAUGAGCCCCGAAAGAGACGACGCACCGGUGGAUUCGAGUCUGCGGAUGUCGAGUCGGACAAUGCUGCUGCCAGCGUGACACCUGCCAUUGGUACACACUCACCGCGCGUCAUCAUUCCACGGUCUUCGCCGCUGCCGCGAAUACAUCCUCUGGAUGCUGAUCUCGCCGAAAACUAUACGUCCCAGACUGUGGCCAAAACGCCACCCAAAAAGUUGCUUCAACUCAACGCGAAUGGUCGCUUCAGCUCUCCCCCUGCGAACAGUCCGGAGGAGUUAUCAAGGCCCCCGUCGCAGCCCCAGAUUGACGAAACUCCGAACCGGGAGAAUGACACAAGCCUGACGAAGAAGAUACCGGCGAGAAAAGUGCUUAGACUCAAUGCGAACGGCCGAUUCAGCUCGCCUCCCAGCAAGAACCCCAAGGAAAACACUGAGCCUACAUCUCAACUAUCAACAGGACGCUUGAGGCCUCGAAAGGCGGCGGCUGCGGCCACAUCACGCUUAGUGUCAAUCGCCUAUGGAGCAGAUGAAGCAGGCAAGAUAUCAGUCGGCGAAAAGAUUGACAAGAUUCUUGCCGGUACUCUCACCGUUGCAAUCGUUAAGAAGCCACCACCGAAGAAGCGAACUCCACAAAAGCCGCGCAAGCCGACACAUCCAUUCUUCUCAGGGAAGCCCGAUCAAGUCCUGUCUGCUCCCAAACCUGAGUCUCCGCGCAAAACGUCCGCUGUCACGCCCGGAAAGCUGCGGGUCAAAGCCUUCUCCGAGCGACUGCCGGACGUCAAGGACGUGGAGUUCUCUUCCGCUCUGCUGAGGGAUCGUCAUAUGGUGAAGCAUCCUGGCGCUACAGAGGCUCCAUUCCCAGAUCGUGAUCAGGUCCAUGUUCGUGGAGACGUCCAUCAAAUCAAGCUGCCAAUGAGAGGCCCGACGUUCGAACUGCUCUUCCCCAGACGCAAGUUCAAGCAAGUCGUGCUACCUCUCUCGAAAAGAGAAUCUGUCACUGCCAGAUUUGAAUCACGGCUCACUGCACCGAAAGAUCCACAUCUCCGUCCAGACGGCUUCCACGAUCCCGAUGUGGCUCUCACGCUUCCGGAACGACAUUUAAUGACGGGCGAAGACAUAGCCCAGAGGAUCUGUGGAGAGCUGUCGGUACCAAUCGCCGAAACUGCUCGUGAUGAGCUGUCGUACUCGGCAGAUCGAUCCAGCAAGUCGAGUCCCUGUUCACGGCGAGGAUCCCACAAUAUCCGGAAAAUACAUCCGUCUUUGCCUCGACUUUAUGAGCGCAUACCGAGUGCUUUGACAGCCUUUGAUCAAUGCAGAGGCGAAAGUCAGAGCUGGGCCCAGAAGUACGCUCCCAGAAGCUCGUCGGACGUUCUCCAGCCAGACACCGAGGUGAGUGUGCUGAAAGGCUGGCUUCAGUCUCUAGCAGUGCAAGCAGUUGGAGGCGCCGCUACAGACAGCAAGAGCAUCCAGCCCAGAGUCGCAGAGAAGCCCAAGAAGAAGCGAAAAAAGAGAAGUGAUGACAUGGACGACUUUCUCGUGGAUAGCGACGAAGAUUUGCGAGAAAUGAAUGAGAUUCCAGCCGCUGAGCAGGGGGUCGAUUCUGGAAUGCUCAAGACAAAAGGCAGUAUCGUUCAGUCUGUCUCCAACGACCUGAAGCUCAGCAAUACCGUGCUAUUGAGCGGGCCUCAUGGAUGUGGCAAGACGGCGGCUGCCUAUGCCGUCGCUGAAGAGCUUGGCUUCAAGGUUUUUGAGAUCGGCUCAAACGAGCGUCGCAGUGGACGCGACGUGCUCGAGAAGGUUGGCGAUAUGACGGAGAAUCAUAUGGUAAGGCAUCACGGAGUGGAAUCUGCCGAAUCGCAACCUCCGGCGCCAACUCUCAACGACGAGGCCUUUCAGCGGGAUCUCGAAAGUGGAAGGCAAGGCAAGAUGAAUGCAUUCUUCAAACCUCAGCCGGCUCAGCGCGCAUCGGUCGAGCCAAAGAAACUGAUCAAAGAGAAAAAGAUCAAAGCCAUACAAGAGGCAAUCAAGAAGCCUGCCAAAGAUCAGCAACAGUCAUUGAUCUUGCUGGAAGAGGUCGACAUUCUGUUCAAAGACGACAAGGAUUUCUGGAUGACCGUCAUGAAGCUCAUCACGACCUCAAAACGGCCAUUCAUCAUGACGUGUAACGAUGAGACUGCCGUGCCCCUUCAGGCCAUAGCUCUCCAUGCCAUCUUGCGGUUCAAGGAACCGCCGCCUGACCUAGCUACAGACUACAUGCUUCUCCUCGCAGCGGCAGAAGGCCAUCUGCUCAAAAGGGCAGCGGUCUUGUCAUUGUAUCAGCAUCAUCGUCACGAUUUGAGAGCUAGUAUCACAGAACUUGAUUACUGGUGUCAGAUGGGAGUCGGGGAUCCGCGAGGAGGGUUAGCUUGGAUCUACCAGCGAUAUCCACCUGGAUCGGACCUCGACGAUCAAGGCAGGAAGCUGAGAGUCGUGAGCGCGAAUACAUAUCAGAGCGGCAUGGGAAUACCUUCAGAAGCCGAGCUCGAUGCGCAAGGCGCAAUGGCGUGGGCGUGGAACGAAUUCAAUGUCAGCCCGUCGGCUGCACUCGGAUGGGUCGCGAUGUCUGCCGAUGUGCAAGACUCAAACCCUCAARAUCGCCUCAAGACACUAAACUCGUUCCUGGACCAUGCGGACGCGCUUAGUGCCGCAGACGUAUGCACCGCUGCAAGUGUCGCCGCCACUGCGCCCUUUGACCCCUCUCAGCCCGAGCUUAUGGACAAGGCUCGCAGCAACUACACUGUAGCUCAAGAUCUGUUGCAGAUCAACGAGAUCACUGACUACAUGGGUCUCGGUAGGGAUGUACUCAUCGCCAUGACGCUGUCAGCACACCAAAGAUACAAUGGAUCCUUGGCCAGCACGACCAUCGUGACAAAUGCAUUGGAAACCAGUCUUCAAGCCAAGGAAGGAGAUGAAUGGUUCACUCGUCAAUCAUUUGCAUGCUUUGACCCCAUCGCCACGUCGAGCGAACUUUCCCUCAACAACAACCCGGGAUUGAUGCAGUCCGUCUUUGAUGGCACCAUGAAGACCAUUACGCUUGAUCUAGCGCCAUACGUGCGGUCAAUAGUCCAAUACGACAAAGCCUUGGAAGAGCAGCGCGCUCGCCUGAGCCUGCUCAACUCCGAGGGAAGGAGUUCCAAACGCCAGCGAACUACCAGAGCUGCUCGAAGUGCACUCGAAGGGGGCCAGCGCGCUUCCACGAGAAGGGAGAGGUGGUUUGCGAAAGAGCUAGACCUGGAGGCAGUACUUGCCACGGGCGGAGAGGAUUGGCCAAGAUUCUCAUAUUCACCCCCAUCUGUCGAUACUGCUUCAAAGGAUGGAACUGAGAGCACUACGCCUGCUUCUAGUGCUGGCAUUGCGUGA